AUGGACUCGCCAGCCAGUUCAAACCAAAGCCGCGAAGGCGGUCCACGCAAGUAUGCUUUUAACCGCGAGGGCGCUCGCGAACGAGAAAUGCACCUCUACCUCCCCUACUGGGGCUUCUCCGACUCCGAAAAGUUUGCCCAGCAGUCGGUCGGACACCACCCGAACGUGUCGCGCGACAAUGUCCUCACUGUCUUUGCGCAGCUGGCCGCCCUCCGCAUGAACGCGCAGCGCGCUCUCAUCUCCCUGUUUGAUAAGACAAUGCAGCAUGUGGUUGCGGAGGCGACACCAGACCUAAGUCUGCGGGCGGCGGACGGCCGCGACCGGGCGGAUGCGCUGUGGCUGGGGGUGCGCCGGCUGCCGCGCCAGAAGGUGACCAUGUGCUAUCAUGCGGUCAAGUCGUUUAUUGAAGAGGGUCGAGAUAUUUUCGUGGCUAGUGACUUGACGAGCGACGAUCGGUUCAAGAAUCAUCCCUCAGUCACAGGCCAUCCCCACAACCGGUUCUAUGUCUCGGUGCCGAUCACGUCGCCGGAUGACUAUGUGAUUGGGAGUCUGGCGGUGCUGGAUGAUCAGCCGCGGGAUGGGGUGACUGAGGACCAGGAACAUCUUCUCAAGGAGCUCUCGGCCACCGUCAUGGAUCAUUUGCUGUGUCAGCGAGCGAUGCGGGAGGAGUACCGUGAAGAGCGCAUGGUGCGGGCGCUGGGAUUGUUCGUCAAAGGCAAGUCGGAUCUCAAUGAGUGGUUUGACAGUGGGGAUGCGCGGGAUAAGAAAUAUGGGGGGCAGAUGGGUCUUCUGAACAAGAAAUUGGAGAAGCUACAGAUCACCGGGUCUAAUCGUGAGGAUAGCCAGGAUGGCGAGGAUGACAAGGAUGAUACGGAUGGCAAGGAUGACAAUGCUGGCCAGGACCAGGACAACGAAAUACCAGAGACUCACUCCAAGCACAAGCACGGCAAGCAUGGAUCCCCCGUCCAAAGGUUCAAACAAGGUGGCGAGCACGAGACCGACGAAGAAGAGAAAGACGCAAAGCCCGACGAAAAGAGCCACAAGAAGCGACCAACACUCUCCCCCACCACUAGCCAAUUGCAGGAUUCCCUAGCGCCCACCAACGUCCGGUCCGUAGUCAACCGCGCCGCUUCGAUGAUCUACCAAGCCCUCGACGUCGAAGGCGCCAUGUUCAUCGACGCCAGCGUGUACGCACGGCGGCAGACAGUGGGAUUUACCGAGUCUAAACUUGAUAACCCUGAAGCUUACAUUGGCCAGCAAUCCCUGGACACCGCCGGCAUGGAGGAGCAGGCCCCAUCGAUGUCCAUCCCCGGGUCCCGUUCCGAUACCGACGCGUCGGAUGACGACUCGCAGUCCCGAAGUCUCGUGCUCGGUCAUUAUACCUCGACUACCUCCGAGGCAGGAGUCAACCUGAACGAUAGCCACUACGUCUCGCUCUCGGGUAGUUUCAUCACCCAUCUCAUCGACCAGUAUCCCCGGGGUAAGAUCUUCCAUAUCGAGGAAGAUGGGUCCAUUUCCCUGAGCUACGAGGGGGUCGCCGAUGAAAUGAAUUACUCCCGCACAGGAAGCCGCGGAGCAAUGUCGACCGAGCCGGAAAAGAAGAAUAUCCAGCAGGAGACCAUGGACAUCAAGGAAUUGAUGAAGGUCCUCCCGGAUGCACGCUGUAUCGCCGUCUAUCCCGUCUGGGACUUUCAGCGGGGCCGGUGGUUCACCGUCUGCCUGGUAUGGGCCAAUGACCCUGGCCGAGUGCUGUCGGAACCCAAGGACUUGACGUACUUGGCUGCCUUUAGCAACACCGUCAUGGCCGAGGUGUCCCGGUUCGACUUGGAGGCCGCCGACCGAGCCAAGAGUGACUUUAUCUCGUCUAUCUCGCACGAGCUGCGGUCGCCUUUGCAUGGGCUGCUGGGCACGGUCGAGUUGCUGCAGGAAAUGGUCAAUAGCUACGCGCAGAAGUCCCUGAUUGAGACGGUCUACAGCUGCGGUCGCACAUUGCUGGACACAUUGAACCACCUUCUAGAUUAUGCCAAGAUCAAUACGCUCACUCGGCCGCGUCCAUCAGAGAAGGCUGCCGCGCACGGCAGCGACGUGUCCAAGCCCCAGAGUGCCGUGCCAGGGUCUCUUCAGGACGAGAACCUGAGCGUGCUGGUGCAAGAGGUCGUGGAGGGUCUGCUUGCCGGCGCAGAGUACCAGCGGCGGGGCGCAAAUGGGGAUAGUGACGCGCUGGCCAAGAAGGAGGAUCUCGGCCCGAAGAACCGUCUCAUCACCAUCGUCGAUAUCGAGUGCCAGGACAGCUGGCGGUUUAGUGUAUAUGCCGGUGCCUGGCGCCGAGUGGUCAUGAAUCUCUUCGGUAAUGCUCUCAAAUACACCCAGGCGGGCUACAUCCGGCUGCGGAUGAGACGCGAUACCCUGCUGGUGGAUGGCAAGAAAACCCCUGCGAUUCGCAUGACGUUCAGUGACUCGGGCCGCGGCAUGUCCAAGGACUUUCUCACAAAUCAUCUCUACAGCGCCUUUCUGCAGGAAGACACGACCUCUCCGGGCCUGGGAGUCGGGCUGCAUCUUGUCCAUCAAAUCGUCAAGUCACUCAAAGGGCAGAUCAAGUUCACCAGUGAAGUCGGCAAGGGAACGGACGUCGAUGUUGUACUGCCUAUCGAACCACCCGAGGCGUCCAGUCCUUCGUCCCCUCGCUCAUUUGCCCCCUUGAAGGAGCAGCUGAGCGGCAUGACGGUUUCACUAUUCACACGCAGCUCCAAGUUGGGCGACCUGGGAUUCGACCCUCGGGUUUUCGACCGCAUCCGCAGCAGCCUCGGGCGCAUGGUAUCCGGCUGGUUCGGACUCCGCGUCCUGACCCCUGACGAGCUCGAUUCGACCAAGCCGGAUUUCGCCAUCGUGACGGAACACGAGUAUCGCAACUACUAUAUCGAAGGCUCGAACGAGCCCAAGCCAGACAGUGGAGAGAUCCAGCCUGCGCUCCCGUUGAUUGUUCUCUCCGCCCGAACGAGCAGCUGGAAGGCCUUGGGAGAGAGCGUCGAGGAUUCGGUCAUUUUCCUCACCCAACCGGUGAGCCCGAAAACGCUGGCCACGGCUUUUGAGCAUUGUAUGGGCCAGCCAGAGCGAUCGAACAGUUCAUCGCCGCGGAGACUGCCCUCGCCCGUGCGGCCUGUGGAGGACGCGCCCCCGGACACGGAUAACAUGUUUGAGGGCAUGGUGAACGGCGAGAAAGAUCGGGUGCUAGAGCCUGUCCUUGGACGAGCAGUUAACGGUGAAGCCCGGCAGCAACAGAACACCGAUGGGGAUGACCGCAAAGGAGCAAAGAAUAUUCUUCUCGUAGAGGAUAACCCGGUCAAUCUGAAGAUCAUUGAAAUGUGCGUCAAAACCGGCGGCUUCUCCUACGACACGGCAAAGAACGGGCUCGAGGCAUUGGAAAAGUUCAAGGCGGGUAAAUACGACGCAGUCGUCAUGGACAUUUCCAUGCCGGUCAUGGACGGCCUCACAGCCACGCGGCAGAUGCGCGCGUUUGAACGAAAGAAAAAGCGUCCCCCGACCACUAUUAUCAUCCUGACUGCCGUCCUCUCCGCGUCGAUGCAGCACGAGGCCAUGAUGAGCGGGGUGAACCUGUUCCUGACGAAACCUACGCCGCUGAAGCAGCUCAAGGAGAUUCUGCGGAAUCUGUCUGAUGGGAAGGGCUUGCCGCAAAAUUAG